AUGUCUAAGUCACUACGUGACUCAUCAAAUCGUAUUAAAAUAAUUAGUUUAGGAAAUAUUAGUGUUGGAAAAAGUUGUCUGAUUAAACGUUAUUGCGAAAAACGUUUUGUCUCAAAAUAUAUGGCUACAAUAGGAAUUGAUUAUGGUGUUACGCGAUUAAAAAUUCGUGACUAUGACAUUCGAAUGAAUAUAUUUGACUUUUCGGGACAUCCACUGUUUUAUGAAGUGCGAAAUGAAUUUUAUAAUGAUACUCAAGGUGUAAUGCUUGUCUUUGAUGUUAAUAAUCGAAAAACAUUUGAUUCACUUGAUUAUUGGCUAAAUGAAAUGAAAAAAGAUAUACGACCAAUUCAGUUGUUUGAUCAAUUGUGUAUUGUUGUUGUGGCAAACAAAAUUGACACAAAUAAACGAGUAGUAGAUGAAUCAGAAGCACGUCUAUGGGCUAAUGUCCGUGGUUAUCAAUACUUUGAAACAUCAGCUCAAACGGGAGUUGGCGUACAAGAAAUGUUUGAUUGUUUAUUUUCAUCAAUAAUUGAUGUUAUUGAAAAUGGUGAACUUAAAGUACCCAAUAUUGGAUUUACAAUUGAACAAGUCGAAGCUAUAAAUAGAUUGAAAAACACAAAAGAUAAUUAUGAGAGACUCGGCUUAAAACAUAAUUGUACAAAAGACGAAAUAAAUAAUGCUUACAGAAAAUUAGCAAAAUUGCUACAUCCAGAUAAAAGUGUUGCACCCGGUAGUGAAGAAGCGUUUAAACUAUUACUUAAUGCAAAAACAGAUUUAUUGAAUAAAUUUGAUAAAUAA